CGUAAUCUCUGUCACAAACAACAAAACCCUCUCUCUCUCUCUCUCUCACUGUCUUAUGAGAGAAGAAGACAUUCUCGAGAUAUGAGAAUACUGCAACGAUGAACACGACGCCGUUUCACUCGGAUCCUCCGCCUUCGAGGAUCCAGCGUAAGCUCGUCGUCGAGGUUGUUGAAGCUCGUAAUAUUCUCCCUAAAGAUGGUCAAGGAAGCUCAAGCGCUUACGUCGUUGUCGAUUUCGAUGCUCAGAAGAAACGAACCUCCACUAAGUUCCGUGACCUUAACCCUAUUUGGAACGAGAUGCUUGAUUUCACCGUCUCCGAUCCCAAAAACAUGGACUACGACGAGCUCGAUGUCGAGGUUUAUAACGAUAAGAGAUUUGGUAACGGAGGUGGCCGGAAAAAUCAUUUUCUCGGUAGGGUUAAGAUCUAUGGAAGUCAGUUCUCGCGAAGAGGUGAAGAAGGUCUUGUGUAUUUCCCCUUGGAGAAGAAGAGUGUAUUCAGCUGGAUUCGCGGCGAGAUUGGACUCAAAAUCUACUAUUACGACGAAGCCGCCGACGAAGACACGGCGGUUGGAGGCGGAGGCCAGCAACAACAACAACAAUUUCAUCCGUCGCAACAUGAAGCUGAUGAACAACAACAACAAUUUCAUCCUCCGCCGCAGCAGAUGAUGAAUUUACCACCGGAGAAACCUAAUGUAGUUGUGGUGGAAGAAGGUAGGGUUUUCGAAUCGGCUCAGAGUCAUAGCUAUCCGGAGACUCAUCAGCAACCUCCGGUGGUUAUUGUUGAAGAAUCACAACCGCAACAGGUAAUGCAAGGUCCAAAUGAUAACCAUCCUCAACGAAAUGAUAACUAUCCUCAACGGCCACCGUCUCCGCCGCCACCUCCAUCGGCGGGAGAAGUACAUUAUUAUCCACCGGAGGUGAGGAAGAUGCAAGUAGGAAGACCUCCCGGCGGAGAUAGAAUUAGGGUUACGAAGAGACCACCGAAUGGGGAUUAUUCACCUAGGGUUAUCAAUAGCAAGAUUGGAGGAGGAGAGACGACGAUGGAGAAGAAGACUCAUCAUCCAUACAAUCUUGUUGAGCCAAUGCAGUAUCUCUUCGUUCGGAUUGUGAAGGCGCGUGGCUUACCACCAAACGAAAGCGCGUAUGUUAAGGUACGGACGUCUAACCAUUUCGUCAGGUCUAAACCGGCCGUUAACCGGCCCGGCGAAUCGGUUGAUUCUCCGGAGUGGAAUCAGGUUUUCGCGCUUGGUCAUAACCGGUCUGAUUCCGCUGUUACCGGUGCGACUCUUGAGAUCUCUGCUUGGGAUGCUUCGUCGGAGAGUUUUCUCGGAGGAGUUUGUUUUGAUCUCUCUGAGGUUCCGGUUCGUGACCCGCCGGAUAGUCCGCUUGCUCCUCAGUGGUAUCGGCUUGAAGGCUCCGGCGCGGAUCAGAACUCUGGGAGAAUUUCCGGUGAUAUUCAGCUCUCUGUUUGGAUUGGUACUCAGGUUGAUGAGGCAUUUCCGGAGGCGUGGAGCUCCGAUGCUCCGCAUGUAGCUCACACGCGGUCGAAGGUGUAUCAGUCGCCGAAGCUUUGGUACUUGAGAGUGACGGUUCUUGAGGCACAGGAUUUACACAUUGCUCCUAAUCUUCCGCCAUUGACUGCGCCUGAGAUUCGUGUGAAAGCUCAAUUAGGGUUUCAGUCGGCGCGGACAAGACGAGGCUCAAUGAAUAACCACAGUGGUUCGUUUCAUUGGCAUGAGGAUAUGAUCUUCGUCGCUGGAGAGCCGUUGGAAGAUUGCUUGGUUUUGAUGGUGGAAGACCGGACGACUAAAGAAGCAACACUUCUAGGACAUGCCAUGAUCCCAGUGAGCUCCAUCGAGCAGCGAAUUGAUGAGCGUUUUGUGCCGUCGAAAUGGCACUCUUUGGAAGGAGAAGGUGGAGGUGGAGGUGGAGGAGGACCUGGUGGUGGUGGCGGUGGACCUUAUUGUGGAAGGAUUAGCCUAAGACUUUGUCUUGAAGGUGGGUAUCACGUGCUUGAAGAGGCGGCACAUGUGUGCAGCGAUUUCCGUCCAACAGCUAAGCAGCUCUGGAAACCGCCGAUUGGAAUACUUGAGUUGGGGAUUCUUGGAGCUCGGGGGUUGUUGCCGAUGAAGGCAAAAAACGGAGGGAAAGGUUCCACUGAUGCUUACUGUGUUGCUAAGUACGGCAAGAAAUGGGUCAGGACUCGAACUAUAACAGACAGUUUCGACCCGAGGUGGCACGAGCAGUAUACGUGGCAGGUUUAUGAUCCUUGCACCGUGCUAACCGUUGGAGUCUUCGACAAUUGGAGGAUGUUCUCUGAUGUCUCCGAUGAUAGACCCGACACACGGAUUGGGAAGAUACGGAUCCGGGUUUCGACUUUAGAGAGCAACAAAGUGUACACCAAUUCAUAUCCUCUGUUGGUUUUGUUACCUAGCGGUAUGAAAAAAAUGGGUGAAAUUGAAGUGGCAGUCCGGUUCGCAUGCCCGUCGCUGCUGCCUGAUGUUUGCGCAGCUUAUGGACAGCCGCUUCUGCCUCGGAUGCACUACAUAAGGCCUCUAGGUGUAGCACAACAAGAUGCAUUAAGAGGAGCCGCUACAAAGAUGGUAGCAGCUUGGCUGGCUCGAGCAGAACCACCAUUGGGACCUGAGGUAGUUCGAUAUAUGUUAGAUGCAGAUUCGCACGCGUGGAGCAUGAGAAAGAGCAAAGCAAAUUGGUAUAGAAUUGUUGGUGUUUUAGCUUGGGCAGUGGGUUUAGCUAAAUGGUUGGAUAAUAUCCGGCGGUGGAGGAAUCCAGUGACAACGGUGCUAGUCCAUAUUCUAUAUCUGGUUCUUGUUUGGUAUCCUGAUUUGGUAGUCCCGACUGCAUUCUUAUACGUGGUGAUGAUCGGAGUUUGGUAUUACCGGUUUAGACCCAAGAUACCGGCUGGUAUGGAUAUCCGCUUAUCACAAGCCGAAACCGUCGAUCCUGAUGAGCUAGAUGAAGAGUUCGAUACCAUUCCAAGCUCAAGGCGACCAGAAGUAAUCAGAGCUAGGUAUGACCGGUUAAGGAUCUUAGCGGUGAGGGUUCAGACCAUUCUAGGCGAUUUUGCAGCACAAGGCGAACGGAUUCAAGCGUUGGUUAGCUGGAGAGAUCCGAGAGCGACAAAGCUGUUCAUAGCAAUCUGUUUGGUGAUCACAAUAGUUCUGUAUGCAGUUCCUGCGAAAAUGGUGGCAGUGGCGCUAGGGUUUUAUUAUCUUCGGCAUCCGAUGUUCCGAGACACAAUGCCUACGGCGAGUCUCAAUUUUUUCCGGCGGUUGCCAAGCUUGUCCGAUCGGCUCAUCUAAGGAGAGAAGGACGUCAAGAGAGUAAAUUUACCAAGUUAGGUGUUUUUGAGUAUCCAACAGUUUCUUAUGAUACUUGAGCUGAGGAGGAGAUAGAAUAAAGAUUCAUUAUGGGU